CGUCGCUCUGCCAUGAUCAUGCUGCCUACGAAGGUUGUCGGACAUCGACAGCUUUAAAACGGGAAUUCUAAAAGUAAUUCACUGUUUGAGUCGAUCCAAGUAGCUCGGCGGUUCGAUCUUGAACCCGAAACCAAUCAAUUUUUUAUGCCAUCUUCUAGUUUGCAUGCAGGAGCGAGCCGGCGCUCUUUCCUCUUCCUUCCACUUCUUUUCUCGAGAGGGAACGCGUGCACCUUCGGCCGGUCUGACUCUUCGUUGGCAUUUCACUUUGAAUGACAGAGAAGCAAGAUGGCAGAUUGGUUGAGACCUGUUUUCGCCAGGACCAAAACUCCUGUCCCAAACUUUACUGACCGACAAAGCAGCUUCUCCGCCGACGACAAGAGCGAAGAUGGAGACAUAUCGAGGCUACGGCCAACGUCCCGAGUUUCUUCCUAUAUGAACAUCCGAUCCAGCACGCCACCUAUUCCUCAGACACCAGAUUCCUUUGCAAACAUUCGAAGCCCCGAGAGCGUGUACCACAAACCUUCAGUCGAUCACAUGGCCGAGACUCUCAAGGUCGUUAUGAUGAAUCAAAGCUCGAUGGACCCUGUUCCUAUCGCUUACAAUGCUUGUAUUCUUCACGUCUUGGAAGCAUAUCAAGAUUUGAGCACGGAAUUAGUCAAGAAGGAGAACUUUCUCGAGGAUUUAAAGCUGAGCCAUACGAAGGAUAUCCAUGACUUCGACGCUCUGGCUACUCAGUGGGAAAUGAAAGAACGGGAUUACAAAAUCGAGAUGAAGAAGCUAGAAGUCCUGUUGAGUCGGACGGAAGGUGGGAUGGAGAAGGUGACGCUGGCGAGGAGUAAGAGUGCAGUUCACGGCUCUGGAGCAGCCGAGAGGAUCAAGAGGGGCAUCGGCACCAUCAAAGAAAGGAAUUCCGACCGUAACCAUGAAGACAGCAAGGAAGACUUCACUGCAGAUAAGACAGUUGGUAGAGAUGCCACUGUGAAACCGUCGUUCCAUCCUAGAUUCAAUGUUAGACCCCAAAUCAAUACACAAACCUCAUUACAUGGUGCAGGAGUGCCGGGGAAGCGCCAGUUCCAUACCAAUCUUCUUCGCUCGCGAGGAUCGAGUGCCAGUCAAGAUUCACUCACAACAUUCGACCGGCCAACCCCUGAAACGCUUUCGAAUCUGACAAAGUCCGAACUUGAUGUAUUCCAGCGACAACAAGUAGAAGGAGAGUAUGCAAUGGCUUCUGAUUCGUCUACCUCGGGCCCGGAUUCAAGCGCUCAAUUUUCUCAUGACGACGAGAAACCUUACCUGCAAUCGCGAGUUGGGCUUGGAAUUGACAUCGACGAGAAGCCUCUUCCGAAAAUCCCCUCCAAUCAAGAGCCAAACAGGGCUAGGCGUACGGUCAGCGAUUUUUGUGCUGCCGGAUAUCCACAAUUCGAUUCUGGCGGCGAGAGUGCGGAAAUGUCUCCAUUGGGGUUCUCAUUCAAACCGGGAGAUGAUACGGGUAUUCUCAUUCAGAAGACGACCAGAGAUUUGAAUACGAAAAGUGCAGUGGGCAUCAGAACUUACCAGCCGCGCAGCGCUACUUCCAGGGAACAAUCCGAGGAAUCAUACACAAGUGCUCAGAGCGUAGAAGGAUCGCAGCCUCCCAGGUCAGCGCCAUUUGUUCACAAGUCCAAACUCCCAAGCAAGCCUGGCCGAGACCUACAAGAAUCUGAGGCGUUAAAACGAGACGAUUCAACCAGCAGUAUCAUUACCGCAGUACGUGGAGAUUCUCGACGCAGCAGCGUUGACGGCUCAAGACAUAGUAGUCAAGGCGCGCGACAGAGGUUGAACAGAAACUCGGGGAGCAACGAGGCUGUUACUGCAGCGAUCCGAGCACUAGCCAUUGCAUCCGCAGGAACAAGGGGCUCGCCGAGGAAGGGUUCGAGCUCCAGAACCAGGGAAGGGAGUCUGAGGGGGGAGGAAAGUCCCAGGAUUGACGAGGAAGAAGAAGUUUUAAAUAAGGAGAGUCAGAAGGCGAGUUCUGCUCGGAGCGAGGUCUGAAUCGUGAUAGGAGAGCAUGCAAAUCCCGAGCCAAAGUCUGUCCGUAUCUGAAAGCGACGCUUGCUUAAGUUCUGGGAAUACAUGUUAGAGUCUUUGCGAAGGAGAGAGUAGCGCAACAAAUAAGACAUGGAAAUGAGAUGAAGCAGGACA